UUGGUUUUUAUUGACCUUUCAAAUAAAUAAGUUUCUCUCGUGCAUCCUGUAUCUGAUGCUACUGAUGGCAUGCCUUACUUUUUUUCAUGUCUUCAUUGUAAUGUUGGGUGUGGGCAGGUGCUGGCGUGGACCUGCACGCCCCUCGUGGUGUCGUCCUUCUGCUGGACGAGCAACACGGCGCAGACUGAUGGGUGAACCACACUCGUCUGCGAGGCUCCCCAAGCAGCAGCUGGUGGGGGAGGCUAUAGUGCGUGGGCCUCUUGACGCCUGUGGGCGCCUCUCAGGGAGCCUGAGCCUCAAUCGUCGCGACUUUGCAGGUCCCAAAUUGGCAAUAGAAGGAGCGAUGAACCCAGCCUGGGGGAUGAGGAGCCUGCAGCAGCUCGCGCCCUCUCAACGCGCUGCUUCUGGCGGCGCCCCCACCGCCCCUCACGCGCCUGGCCUCCUCAACACUGACUCGGAGCACAGCAUCAGCACCAGGUACAUAAUAUCAUGCGCUAGUAUCAGGUCGCUGACGACAGUGAUGCCAUACAGAUACUCCAUUGAGUCCGGCUUCCAGUACUACGCCAGCAGCCGGCAGCAGCGCAAGGGGCGCAUGCGGCGUCACUCGCUAGACUCGCAGCUCUCCUUCCACGUGUCCGACGUGGAGCGCGAGGCCGCCCGCCACACCAUCGUGCGCUUCGCUGCUGCUGCUGCUCCUGCUGGGGGUGUAGGGGCUCCCAACAGAGCGUGCGUGCACUCCUUCAGCUCCAGUUCAAUCAUGCAUGCUCUCUACCGUCAAUCGAGACGUCGCGAGUCUCUCAGUCCGGGCGGAGCGGCCGGGUGGCUGGGGCGCAGGCUCGUCAGCGGGGCUCGCGAGUCUCGGCGCUGUUCCUACACGUCUGAGGACAGCAGCUUCAGCUCUGUGGUGGUGACGGGCGUGAGUGUUGGUGCUGACGACACCACACUUUUCUCGAACAUGAUGCGCCGCCUGCAGCUCUCCUCCUCAGCGGCAUCCAGCCCCUGCCCUCCUGCUGCUGCCCCGCGCGCUAGCGACGUGAAGGAGGCAGCGCUGUGCAGCCGUGCGACCAUAGGCGUGCAGACGUCCCUGGAGGACCAGGACUUGCGGUUCCCUCACCUCUCAUCCCCGCGCCACGUGCCGCUCGUUGACAAGGCCACGCAAGUGUCACCGAAUUUCAGCUCGCACCGCGUGACUCCAACCUUCAAGCCUUACCACCGCUCCCCCCCUCGUCUCUUCAGUAGACAAGCCUCUCUACCGUCCAGUAGCGAAGAUAUUAUUAGUAAAGAUGAUUCUCAAUCGGGCUGGAGAAACGUCCAAAAUUAUGUGGGGUUACAAUGGACACGAGAACAACGUCAAAGACGACCUGAAAUACGGUGGAUACUUACAUGGUGCCUUGCCUGGGCCUAGCCUCACCAGACGCCUCCCUGCUGGUGUAGUUGGUGGUAGAGACGGCGGCGACAUGGUCAGACAAAAGCGAAAGAAACGCAGAAACACAAGCCGCUCUCACGGCGCUGUAGGCCGUCGUGGCGCGGUCGCUGAGACCAGUUUUGUUAACAGCACAGAUUUGUUAUUAGCGAAGUCGAGGAAAGAAAGACGCAACGCUGGCAAGCGGCGAGACUCGGCAUCAGGACUAACUGAUCUCUUCCCUCACUGUUCGGCCGAGAGGCCUAACUUUAAUAUGAAGCCGUGUGGCGUUUCGAAAAUAUCCGAUAAGACGGCCAGCACAGGUCUUGAAGCUGAGACUGUCUCGACCGUCCUUGACUUGAAAGAUUUUUCUGAUUAAUAGUGCACCUAUAAUGAUGGCGUCAGGUUAUAUUAAAUUACCCCUCAGGAGGGACUUCUGACGUGUGUCUGUGCGCGUCAGAAGUCCUAUGGGAU